ACUCCGUGACCCGGAAGAGGUUUGUCGCGGUUGCGGGGAGAAAGCGGAAGUGCUGAGUUCUGACAAAUUCUUCGCGGGAGAGUGCCGCUCAGAGAAUGAGGUGCGGAAGUUUGAAAUUAUGGUGUUUUUUUAAUGGUGGGAGAUCUUAUGAAUAUUAUGCUGGAUCAGGGCACGUGGGGCGGGGGGUCUUGCGGUCUAACGGCUGUUUCCAGUCUCUGAGGGGUGGGAGGGUGGAGAUCUGCGGAGGUUGCAUUUCGUCAGUCUUCAGGGCAGGGGAGAGGGUAGAUUUAAUACCUCAUCCAGAUAGAAACAUUGUUCUUAAGGCCGGUUGAAACGUCUAGGAAAAUAUGUAGCACGUUUCUGCCUGCGCUGUGUGUUGCACCCCUAGGAAAUGCUGGAUGGGAACUACGCGUUGCUCAAGAUACAGCAGCUGUAACACUGGAAGCCGUUUUGUAUUUGAUAUGAACUAAUAGGCUCUCCUUUCUAUUUUAUAUCAAAGGUUGCUGGCAUGGAAUGUUUGUGCACACUUAGGAAGAACCACUUGAUAAGCAACUUUCAAAUAUUGCAGCCAGCCUUGAUUUUUCUAAAAGCCUUGCUACUACCACCUCACUCUGGAUAUUCUACAGCAGCCUCCCCCAGUCUGGUGCCCUUCAGUUGCUUUAUGCUACAAAGCCCAUCAGCCCCAGUCAGUAUGGCUAGGAAACGAUGGUUCCAGUCGCAACAAGAAAGCGCCAGUUUGGGGCUGGGAGAGGCUGUUGUACAGGCUGCUUCUAAUUCUCUCAAAAUUGGCAGUCAAACCUGCACAAUUAUUUUUGAGGGACAGAAGAAGAGUUGUGAAGUAACAGCAACAGGAAAAACUACAUGCAAAAAAGACCCACUUCAAAUAAUGAACAGUAACCUGUUGUGAAAGAAUGUUUAGUUUCAAUAAGCACUGGCGUUAAAAAUUUAAAAAGUAUCAUAGAUCUUUCCAAAUGGAAAUGAGAGAAAUGUUUUGAUUAUUUGCAAAGCCCAUGGUAGAAUUGUUUCAUUUUCUUAUACAGUGGUGCCUCGCAAGACAAAUGCCUCGCAAGACGAAAAACGUGCAAGACGAAAGAGUUUUGCGUUUUUUGAGUCGUUCUGCAAGACGAAUUUCCCUAUGGGCUUGCUUCGCAAGACGAAACGUCUUGCGAGUUCUUGCGAGUUUGUUUCCUUUUGCUUAAAGCCGCUAAGCCGUUAAUAGCCGCUAAGCCGUUAAUACCCGCUAAGCCGCUAAUAGCCGUGCUUCGCAAGACAAAAAAACCGCAAGACGAAGAGACUCGUGGAAUGGAUUAAUUUCGUCUUGCGAGGCACCACUGUAUUUAUAUCCUGCCUUUUUCCCCAUCAUGGAACUCAAGAUGGUGUACAUGUGGUUUUCAGGCUGUCACCCAUCCAGGUACUGAUCAGAUCCCACCCAGCUUAUCUACAGUUCAUAUACCUUUAGACCACCACCACUGUGCUUUAUGCCUUGAUUCUAAAGGGUGUUUAAACAUUAGGACCAUCUAUUUCUAUGAAUAUUCCUUCAAAGUAAAACCUUUAGGGGAGAAGAUAAGAUCUUCAUAUGCCUGAGGAAUAGCAUCAUUUAUAUAUAACUUGAUGGUACAAAACUACAUAUGUAUCCAAACAUAGUUAUCUAAAAGAAAUAUUUUCCCAUUAUGGUGCUGUUCUAUUUCCUUUGCAGCACAGUAAGAUAUGUAUUCAGAAGUGAAGCCUAGUCUACACAGUCGCUUGUUUUCCUGUAACUCUCCAUCUCUUUUCCUAUCUAUAUCCAUUCUAUUAAACUGUAAUAGAUAUAUAAUAAAUAUAUUGCUUCAUAUGAGGAAUAUAUAUAUAUAUAUUUCAUAGUACCUACGGUAAAUAAUAUUAAGUGCUUAAUUUUAAAAAAGAUAUUGCAGCAAGAAUGUAUUAUUACACGCUGCUUGCUAUUUCAUGUUGCUUGUGGAACUAUUUGUAUGCUUUAUUUAAUUCAAUUCUGAAAGUUUGUAGGCUGCCCAAGGAGCAUGUUUGAUGGGGGGAGUAAAAGUGCCUUAACUAAAAAUAGCAGAAUGAGGUGGACUUUUUAGACCUCAGGUGAAGGAUGACAUAUUUUAAAUGCUAUGUGCAAAAGACCUUGUGUAUGUUUUAAAAACCAAAGCUAGUAUAUCAAAAAGGAAAGGUUUAAGCCCAGUGCACUCUUGGCUAUGCUGGGCUUUUUUCACAUGUGCAAAGACAAAGUUCAAAACUUUACUCAUUGUCCAGUCUACUACUUCUGAAUUAUAUUGCAUUAUAUUCCUGUGGGUGUAGGCAAUAUCUAUCUUCCAUUGAUUUCAAUGCAACUUCCAAGCAUUUUUUGUUAGGUUGAAGCCUCAAACUGCAUUUGCUUACUUGAGCAAAAGUGUUAUUAGCACAGUGGAACUUAGCUCUGAGUAAAAGCAGAUAACUGACAGCCCAAUUGUAUUCAUGUGUGCGUUUACAAUUCAGUACCUUCUCCAACUGAAGAGCCUACUGUUGACUUGAAUCCAUUUACUGAAGAUGAAGCAGGAGAAUUCCCGAAGUGCAUCCUAUACUGUGGAGUGUGAAGAUUACGUCCAUGUGGUAGAAUUCAACCCAUUUGAGAGUGGCACUGCAGAAUCACUCAUUGCAUAUGGUGGCAAUAAUUAUGUGGUUGUUGGGACCUGCAGGUUCCAGGUUAGUAUGCUUCAUAGAUCUGAAGCUUAUUAAGAAGGCAUUGUAACUUGAAAACAAAUAUGGCUAUUAGUUUUGAGAAGCUGAAAAUGUGAAUGAUGCACUGGGGAAGAAAAUAAGUUCUAUGUAUAAGUGUGCACAAUAAUUUUGUAUCCAUUGGUUGUCAUCUUUUUGUCUUUAUUGCCAAAGAUACCUACGGUGGCAUAUUACAUUUAAAAGGCACAGUCUUUUUUAAAAAUAAAUAAAUAAAGAAGCAUUUAUUUGGUUGUUUAUUUAACAAUAUAUAUUUGCAAUGCAGUUUAUAUUUGAUUAGCAUUGAUUUAUUUCUGGGGGAAAGCCCUUCAUAAAGCAUUCCAUAGAUAACACUCACUAGUUUGGAAUACUUAUGAGAGAAACCUGAGGGACCUGGGAGAAGCAACAUGGCUUCUUUAGGAUUCCAUACAUGGGGAUAGAAUGGUAUUGCUGUAACACAGUCCUAUGCAUGUCUGCUCAGAGGUGUGUCCCUAUGCGUCUGAUAUACCUUACCCCCAGGUAAUUAUAUAGAAUCUGCAAUACCAUGUAGUCGGGCCCCAAAUAAAUAAUUCAGGGGCCAUGUUGUUUGUCAAGUCUAUCAUAUCACAAAAUAUUUGAGAUGUUUUAUUACUUGCUCACAAGUACAUUGCAUGUAUCUGUAGGAUGAGGAUACAGAAGUGGAAGGAAUUCAGUAUAAAACGCUAAGAGUUUUUCAUCAUGGGAUUAGAGUUGAUGUCAUUGCAUGGAGUCCAGAAACUAGACUUGAUGCUUUAUCUCCCCAAAUACGGUAAUGUAUCCAGCUAAAAUGUAAACUUUCUUGGUCAUUUUUUAUUGUGCUAAUAACACGUCUACAGUCGUACCUUGGUUUUUGAACAGCUUAGUUCUUGAAAAUUUUGGCUCCCGAAUGCCGCAAACCCAGAAGUGACUGCUCCAGUUUGUGAAUUACUUUUGGAAGCCGAACGUCCAACAGGGCUUCCGUGGCUUCCAAUUGGCUGCAGGAGCUUCCUGCACCAAUCAGGAGCCGUGCUUUGGUUUCUGAAUGUUUUGGAAAUUGGACAGACUUCCUGAACAGAUUCUGUUCAACUUCCAAGUUACGACUGUACUCAGAAGCAAGUCUCAUUGAAUUAUAUGGAGUUUACUCCAAGGUAAGUGUGUGUAGAACUGCAGCCUUAGACAACUGAUCCUGGAAAGUCAGUUAGGAAUGUGAUGGAUAAACCUCUGUGUUUAAAAACCAAUGCUACUGAAUAUAUAAAAUAAACUCUGCACUUGACUAACAAAAUGUGUGCUGGAACAGGGAACGAAACAAUGUGGUGAUCUGUCAUACAAGCAGUACUUGAGUGUCUUUUGUGAAACAAUGCCCAUUCACUGAAAGUCUUAAAGAAAUCUGUCCAGAUAAGUAUUAGCAUUAAUCUGUAGCAACAAGACCGGUGUGGAGUGGGGGAACUCUGCCAAAGUACCUUUUGUUAAACCAAGUUUUAACAAGUUUUUGUAAGCAGCCUAAUUCGUCACAUGCAAUAAUUUGCCAGUACAGAGGGACAGAAGCAAUUGGUCCCCUUAUGCUAUGCUGUGUGCACAGCCAACCCAGAAAUAGAGCCACGUCUGCUAUGUGAACGGCACUUUCUCCUGUAGCUAUCCAAGGCAGAAGAAAACUCUUCAUGCGUUCCAUGUGGUGCUGCGUUGUGCAGCUGGGUCUGAGAGCCCUGGUCGCCAGGGUAAAUUGUCAUUUGCUUCUUUCCUCUGAGGCAACUCAGACUUUGGUAAGGUGUCAUAGAAGUUUUUGCCUUUUCAGUUUUUGCCUGUAGCAUUUUAUGUUAAAUCUGAUUAAGUUACAAUAUUAAGCUGAAGAAACUUGAGUAAUUGAAACUUGAGUAAUUGAAAGUGUUGAAUGAUAUUUAAUUAUUUGACUAGCACUACUAGCAUAAUAGGCAUUGACUCAGAUCCCUUCUUGGGUUUUGUUCCUGCUAUCUUCUUAAUUUUCGUAAGUGUUUGGCUAUCAGCUACAAGUCACAUAAAUGCUAUUGAUUAGCUCCACACAUCAAUACAUAUAAGUUGUUCCUAACAUACUAACCUACAAAAUCAGGAGCGGUAUUAUUUUCUUUAAUUGCAAGUGAUUCCUGCCUGGCUGUGAUCUAAUGUGUAUGUUCAGAGAAAUAUGGCAUAUUAUUUUUCAUUUUAUAAUGAAUAAUGCAAAUUUACUUAGAGAAAUCCAUCUUUAAUAACAUUGCCAACUAUAUUUCACUUGUAUGGAAUGACCGAAUGUAUUGCUUGUCUAAUUACCUUAGAUUUUGUACUGCAGCUGCUGAUAAGAAAUUAAGGUUAUUCACCUCAGAUCUCCAAGAAAAUAAUGGAUAUAAGGUGAGGAGAAACAAAUUAUAAUGAUAAAUGCUAUUUUGUGUUCUUUAUUUAACAUGCCAACUUUUUAAAAGUAAAUAUUGUUGGAGUGGUAGUUAUGAAGUUACAUAAAUAUUGUAAACCUUAAAUCAUUUAUUUUAACACUUUUAAAAUAAGUGUGUUCUUGCAGAACAAAACCAUUGUAUACUACUUAAGGCAAAAUUUUAAUAAAAUGGAUAAAUGUUUUUUAAUUGUCUAGUAAUUGUUCAGUCUAAAAUAGAUGCAAAUAGGAACAUAAAGGUAGAGCAAUAUAUGGCAUGCUAAGGAAUAAGAAUACCAGAAAUAAUAUGCAGAGUGGUGCCUGAAUAAUUUAUGGAAAUAAUAGCCAGGGAACUGUUUUACAAGAAGAAAUUAAAAUCUUGUGUCUGAUAAAUAUUCCUAUUGAAGCAGCUACUAUUUUAUAAUUGAAUAUCACUUUAAUCCAUGAUUAAGUAUCACUCUACUUAUCCUUCUUCAAAACAACCUCCCGUACAUAUCCAAAUAAUGUUGAGAUGCUACCAGUCAUAGUUGUGAUAGUUUUAAAACUACAACCUACACUAUUGUGAUUACAAUGGUUUAUUAACACUCCCAGGUUGAGCUGAUAGUUCAAGCUGCCAGAAAGUCUGUACUGGUGCUAGACUUGAUAUAUUAACAUUCUGAUUUAUAACUAAUGUCAGUGGAGCUUCUUUGAUGAAUGAUGUUAAUCAUGUAUCUAAACUGUUUGUUUUUACCAUAUAAUUGAUGUGAGCAAUGCUUAUUACAGCUUGAUCAGACAAGAAAGAGAUUUCCAUAGGUCCUUGUGUAGUAAAAUAAACAGUAGUUUGAAUGUCAAUUGAUUAAACAUGUAAUUGUUUGAAUUGGUAACAUGCUGAGACUUGCAAGACUAAAUACAAAAAUGUAUAAUGAUUAUUCCGAAAACACUACAAAUUAUAACAUGCUGGUUUUGAAUGCCAGUUCUGUAGUAUUCCUUCAUUUACAUUGUUCUCCAGUAGAACUAUUUUAGGUGUAUGGUUAAAGAAAAUGAUUGUGUCAUCUUAUGUUCAAUAUUAAAACUUUGCUACCCACUUUGUAGACAAAAUGGCUAAUAUGCAGCCAAACAUGGCCCAGUUAGUUUAAAAACACCAAGGCAGCAGGUGUUCAGUCUUGUCCUGGUUCUUCUGUUUCUCUGUUUCUGGAUCACUGGAUCACUCCCACCAAUGGAGAGGCUACAGUUGCAGCUUGUAUGGGUGAUCAUCUGCAAGUUGUUUGAACAUGUUCAUGUUGAAAGCCAGCUUGGAGAAGCUGGAAACUUUGUCUGCUGGUAGUGGUAACGGAGGAAUAAAGUGCCAGUUGGCUGUAAAAAUAUGACUAUUUGGCCCUUAUUUGAAAGAUUAUAUCUGGAUGAAUACCGUAUUUUUCGCCCCAUAGGACGCACUUUUUCCCCUCCAAAAAUGAAGGGGAAAUCUGGGUGCAUCCUAUGGGGCGAAUGCAGGCUUUCGCUGAAGCUUGGAGAGCGAAAGGGGUCGGUGCGGGAACUCCCGCAGGGCUCCCCAUGCUGCAGAUAGCAGCCUGCCGCCCUGCGCGCGGGGCGCCCUGAAGCAGAGCGCCCCUCGCGCCGGGCAGACAUCAGCCAGCCCCACAAGCUCGGGGGACAGCGGGGAGGCGCAGCGCCGCCAUCCCGCUGUUCCCCGACCUGGUUUUAGGGGAGAAAUAAAGGAAAACAUUUUUUCCUUUAUUUCCCCCCCAAAAAACUAGGAGCGUCCUAUGGGUCGAAAAAUACAGUACUUCUCUAACUAGCUAUUUCCCUAUUCCCAACUUUCCUUCCUAGAAACAACUGGAUUUCAUUAGUAUUCAGACCCCAUCAAUACAGCUUUUAGAUAGUAUGAAUUUGUCAUCCAUGGCCACAAGGUCAAUAUUUGCUUAGAAAUCAGCAGGGUCAGUUACACCCUUCUUGUUCUCAAUUAUUUUUUCUGCAGCCUUGUUGAUUAUGAAGUAUUAGUUAUACAGCUAUGGGGUCUGCAAUGCUUUUUUUGAGCAAAUUGUCCGGGAGCAAGAACCCUCAUGGGCACCUUUCCCUGAACCUGAAGAACAGUGUCUCCCACACUCUCUCACCAAGGCAACUGUGCAGGGACAUCAGCAAAUGGGAGGCUAUGGGACACAAGAGAAGUGCCUCUAUGAAGGCUAGAGGGUUGGCAUUUGAGUUCUCCAAAAGGGGGCAGAGCCCAGGAGGGUGGAUUGGAGGCAGGGGCUCAAAAACCUCAGCUCCAACCCUAGUUGGAGCAAAUUGCUCACUAAAAUUUCUCCUUGGUGUUGCAAGAAUUGAUCUGCCUUCCCCCUUUAUCCUUGGGACUAUAAUAGGACAGUGGUCAUCUUCCUGUCAUGCCCUUCUCUGUGGCAUCCUAUAAAGGUCUGCUUUGCUCCAACCCCACUUUUAGUGAGUGUCUGGGGUUGCUAGGUGAGGUUUUGUGCAGGUAUGGUGUUAGGUUCCAUUGAUAUGCUCAUUUCACGAGGCUGCAGUUAGUGGCUGCUAGGCUGUCAUGUUUUGAACUAGCUAUCUCCUAAAACAGAUAGGUCUCUGAGAGCCUUAUUGUUAUCCACACACAAUUAAAGAUAGUUGUUUUAUGCUGCAAUGCUCUAAAUUGCUUGGGUCCAACACAAGCCAUUUCUUUUGUCCCCUGUAUCCUUCCCUGACAGAUAAUAAUUAAGAUCUUCACUUUACAUUUGCUUGCUUGUACCAGUUGUUCUUUAACUUGCUUUGUUUAAUUUAUAACAAAAAAUAUUUCCACUUUCUAUCAACAGACUUUGGAGGGCCACUCAGAUUACAUUAAUGAUGUGGUAUUUUCACCUAAAGAAGGUCAGGAAAUUGCAAGCGUGAGUGAUGACCACACUUGCAGGUAUGUAUUCUUCUAAACACAUGAAUUUAACUCUCUCUACAUAUUUUGAAUUAAAACUAGAACAUUGGUCACUGAAGCAAUUCUCUAAGUAUGAACUACGUAAUUUCUAAAAGGGCUGAUAUUCCACGCAGUACAGUUUUUCAGAAGAUUGCAUAUAAAAACUGACUAAACUUAUUUUAUUCCCUGUGUACUGCUUUAAAAAAUACUGUGUGUUUGUACUUCCCUGCAAAUUACUUAAAAAAAAAAAAACUGGCUCACUUUGCUAAAUAUGGAAAGGAAAAACUUGUAAUUGCAGGAUUUCAAGCCGUUUUAUGAAAUUUUUUAAAAAAAUAAUUCAUAGAAUACAUGCAGGUCCUGCUUUACUGAUGCAAUGCAAUCCCUGGAAAUUGUUCUUUAGGUGAGCGUUUGCAUAAAAAGUCCGCAAUUGCCAUUGUUUCCUUUGGAAACAUUUCUCAUAGAAAUUUCUGAGGCGGAAUUUGUCCACUGUCUUUCCCCCCUUUCCAUGAUUUCUUCCUGAAAUGGCUGCUGACAGGGUGGGGGGCGGGAUGGACCAAGGAAGUAAGGAAGCUGGAAUAAGUGAACCUGCAGAGCAUAUAGCAAAGUUUGGGCAUAAGUCUUUAAGUGCAGAUAAGCAAGCAUGUGGAGAGCGAGAUCUGCAUAAAAUAUUUGUUGAGAGGAGUGGGACUUGGAAGUUUAUACAGUUUUAUGAAUCAUAUAAUUUACUACUCACUUGUUCUUGUGUCCAUCCAGCAUUUGUUUUCUACACACACACACACACACACACACACACACACACAAGCCUUUUACUUUAACUCAUAGGAUGAUGUCCAACAUUGUACGAGCAAGCUUCUUCUUAUGCAGUGGGACUUACCUUCUCAUCCCUCUCCCCAAAUCUGCUCCAGAGUGCCCCCAAUUUGGAACUGCAGGGACUGUGUAAAGAGGGAGGGAAAGCCCCAUUCACUAGUGGAAGUGUGUUCUACAGGCAAGUGGCCACAGUUGAUUUUCACUCAUGAUGUAGAAUGAAACUAGAUUUUUAAGUACAGUGGUACCUCUGGUUACGUACUUAAUUCAUUCCGGAGGUCCGUUCUUAACCUGUAACUGUUCUUAACCUGAAGCACCACUUUAGCUAAUAGGGCCUCCCUCUGCUGCCGCCGCACGAUUUCUGUUCUUAUCCUGAAGCAAAGUUCUUAACCAAAGGUACUAUUUCUGGGUUAGCGGAGUCUGUAAGUAACCUGAAGCGUCUGUAACCUGAAGCGUCUAUAUAGUGAAGUUAACAACAACUACAUAGGCUUCAAACUCUCUCCCUUGAAGAGGGCCUGCUCUACACAAACUGAAGCAAUGUAUUUGGUUAGUACUGCUGUCUAGUAGUUGCUGAGCAUGAAUACAUUCCCCAUCACUCGUUGUAGCACUUUCCUCCAAGUCAUAAUUUCCAUGUGGUAGGAAAAUGUUGUAGUUCUAGUACGUUCCUGCAUGACUGCUGCUUUUUGUUCAGGGUUUUAUUUUAUUUUAAUUUUUUGCCGCUCCCCAUUUUUCUUUGCUGGCCUGUUUGUUAUUUGGACAGUUAGGAUGGAUACAUGCUGUAAGAACUGAAAGAAGAGCUAUACCCAAGGGUAUUCUAGGCCGCUUUCCCCCUUUGCUCCUCUCAUCACAGCCUCUGCCAAAACAUGUUGUUCUGGGAGUCAUCCUGCACAUUCAAAAACCGUUUCAGCCCUUUGGCAGUGGUUGUGCAGUGUUUUUUGUCUUUUAUUCUCAGCGGUCUUCCCUUCCUUCACCCCCCCUUUACCCCUCAUUUUGCAGUACUUCAGCAGUAAGACCAGGCUAAAUUAUUUUUCAAAAUAGCUUAAGAAAUGUAGCUUGCCUUAUCCUAAAAUAUGCUCAGGCUAUAUAAACACAUGGAGUGUACCAGCUGUUUUGGCAGUGUGAUGUUAAGAGGCCAAGAUACUGCCCUAGUGUUGAUUAGAAUGUUAACUUUAGUAUUGGAAUGCUAGUUUUGUUUGCAAAUAGAGCAUUUAACAUUUUAGUUGUAUGUUUUUAAUAGAAAAGUAAUUAUUUAACUUUUACCUGUGGUAGAAAAAUCACCCGGAAUAUAUAAACGCUUUGUUUUCCAAUUGUAAAUAAAUCUUUUCUCUCUCUCUAAAGACAUGAACUUACAAUGUUCACCAAUUUAGCUGUUAUGUACUGUAAUGCUUUACUAGGGAAUAUUUGGACUUGGAUUAAAGAUUGUGACAUAAGGAGAAUAUUUGCUGAUCCUUGGAUUCUAGGGUUUCUGCCCACUUUUUGUUGUAUUCAAAUGUGUCCUACAGAUGUGAUCCAUUCCCCCCCUCCCCAGUUUAGCACUUAAUCAUUACAAAGAACCGGACAAUAUGCAAGUUUGUGACUUGCUACAGUAUCUAGGCAUCUCAGAAGCAGAGUAAAUUUCUGAAACAAAAGUAUUACCUGAUCCCUUAUAACUUAGUUGUUAGCAUUAAUCAUAAUAUAUGCUCACUUUGCAUAAUUGUUCUGCUGUGAAACAUUUUGUAACAAAUGCCAAGUAUUUUCUGCUUGUCAUUUUUUAUUACUGUGCCCAGGAAAGGCCUAUUGCUAGACUGUAAAUUCUUUAGAAAUGAAAUCAUUGUCUUUAAAAGAAAAAAAGAAAAAGAGAUCAUAGAAAUUUUAAGGUCACUGUAGAGAAUCAAGUUCAGGUUGUAAGGAUAAUCAGGCUUGCAGUAUGAGAUAAGGAUAAAAGUACUUUCAGCAUUUUUUCACAUGUGGCAUUUCACUCGCCUCCCAAAGAUUACAUAUUGGUUCUUCACUUUUCUUUAGACGCUUGCUGUAUGUAAGUUAAAACAAUAUAGCAACCUUGCAAAGAAGUACAAAAAAAUUACUAUCCCAAAAAAAGUUUUACUUGCCCACCUGUGCAAAAAUUAGCUAUGUUAGAGCAGUUGUUAUAACGUCUAAGCCAGCUCUCCCCAACCUGAUACUUUCCAGGUAUUAUUGGACUGCAACUUUAAAGUCCCAGUUAGCCAAUGGUCAGGGAUAAUGGGAGUUAUAGUCCAACAAUAUCUGGAUGGCACUAGAUUGGGGAAGCUUGGUCUAUGGAGUGGGUUUCUUGCAUCCUUAGUGGCCACUGCCAGUGGGAGGAGCUGCAGGCUCUCCAGCUACCUGUGUGAGGAGAACCUCUGUCUCUUGGUCAGAAAACAUUUGGCACUACCUGGCCCUGGUUGGCAAAUAACACCCUCCAAGGGGUUUAUUUCUGUUUCAGACCUUUUAAAGACCAGCAGGCAGCUAAGGACUAGGGAGAAGACCUUUUGUACCCCUAGCACUUAAUCAACACUGCACUGUGGUUUGGGGUUUUUUUAUGUAAGUUUUUGUGUGUGUUGAUUUUAUCUUAGUUGCCAUGGAGAACAGAUAUAAUAGCUAUUUUGUGGGCUGAAGCUGAAAAAAUGCCCCUACUUUUAAAAGCUUCCCUGUCUGGCCAUCUGGAGGCCAAGUCUUACUUGCCACAGGCAACCAGGUGAGUGCCUAUAAACAAGUUGGUGAGAGAAUUGCCAGUUACUUCUUCAGCACUUGAAUAGUCAGUGCCUUGCGUUGUGAAGUGUGCAGUUUAAAUGCAAACUUUCAGUUCUCCCAUGCAACCCUGACAUCCUUUUAUAAGGUUCCUUCUGAUAUGGAGACCUGAAUGCACUCCAGAAUUUUGCAUUCCCAGGGUUAACAAGGACAGCCAAGAUAAAGAAAAGAUACAGUUUAUUGUAGCAAAAAUGGAAUUAGCAUAUUCAUUGAAGAUAUUAAACAGACUCUGUGAAUAGCACUCUAGCAACAGACUACAUUUAAAGGAGUUUAAAAUUACUACAAUAGUUCUAAAUAAUUAAAAUGGUUUAAAAGGCAUCUUUUUAAAAGUAUGCAUGAAAAUUCAUAGAAAAGCUAGGAUGUAGUAAAAUUGAUCAGAGAAACAGGAUGGGAAAGAUGUUGCCUGGAGCAAAGAGAAGAGAAGCUUGUCUGAAGGGAGAGAUGAGAUGAAUGAUGACUAGAACAACUUGCUGUAGAAAGAGAAGAGGUGAAGAAGGAGGUUUGAACUGUGAUUUUGUGAGGCUUUGGGAAAGGUUUUAGGAAGAAAGCAAGUGAGAUACUUUGGGGCAAUGGCUGAGAGUAUAAGUUCUGUUUUUGCAGUGGGUGACUAUGGGCAGCGAGUAACAGAGAAUACGAAAUUCUGGGGUGAGACACCCAAAGCAUAGCAAGGGAAGGAAGAGGAGGUUUCCCAAGAAACAGGGAUUUGAUAGGUGAAGGGGAGAGAAUGUAAGGGUUUGGGCAUAUGAUAGACUGGCCUGUGAAGUGGUGGUGGGGGGAGUAGUACCUUUCCUUAUUUCUGUGGCGCUGGUGUUGAGUACGGUGGAGGAGAUGGUACCUCUUCAGCAACAGAAAGGGGAUGAGAAAAAGAGAAAUGGGUGGGGGAGUAAACAGGAGACCUAUGCAGGAAAAUGAGUUCUCUGGUAUCCAAAGUGAUAUGGGAGGAUGGCAGAGAUUUACAGUAAAGGAGACAGCAAUCAGUGCAUCUAGCAGGUGAUACAACUCAUCUUUCUUGACUGUGCCCUGCCUAAGUUACUCUCCAGGCCAGAACAGUACUUCUGUGAAACAGAGCCUGGGAUCAAGAGAUGAUCAUCUGUGCAUGUACAUGGACAUUUUUCUCUGGCAGCUCUUGGGGUGAUAUUUUAGAGGACACCCCCCCCCCAGUCUUCAAGGGGAUGCUGUUCAGAGGGCAGCUGCUGUAUUCGGGGGGGGGAGGACAACAUGUUUGUGGAGGACACAUUGGGUUGUAUCCAACAAAGUUAUACUCUGAGUAGUUAGCCAUGCCCAUUUAUUUCAGUGAGGGCUAUUCUGAGUAGGGCUAGUGUUGAAAGUAGCCCUUUAUGUGGUGCUUUUGCUCCAGGCCAAUAUAAAAUAUGAUAGGGAAGUUCCAAAUGUAUUUACUUAGAAAAAGAGCCUCUUGAAAUCACUGGGAAUUACUUGCAUAGAUAGGUAAUAUUAAGCACAGGAAGUCCUGACAAUCUAAAACCUGUACUUAAGCUUUCUUCCCAGGUUAGUAAUAAUUUAGCAGUUUUCAAAUAGAGCUUUCCAAAUAUGCAUUACAUGUGCCUCUGAAUCAAGCCAUCUCCCAAACGCAGUCAAAAUGCCUGCAAAGAAACAUCUGUUAAGGAUGGUCCAUAUAAUAUGAAUUAUGACUUCUUUUGAUUUAACAAGAAGGGAGGAAGGAGGGAUUGUCGUCAUAAUUUGUGGUUGCCUGGAAAUCUGAACUAAACACUAUGAAGAAAGUAUAUUCCAGUUUAUAAAAAUUCUCCAAAACUAAAACUUGGAUGUGCAUGAAAAUGUUGACUAAAUGCCUGAACUAAAACGUUCUAUUUGCAUAGUUUUAUGCUUCCUUUGGUACAAACCUCUGCCCAGUAUUUUUUUUAUUACUGCUUUGAUUUUUCUUAAUAAUUUGUUUUUUCUUUUCCCUAUGGAUUCUGCGGCCUUUCAGUGAUUGAACAAUUGUUUUUAAUGUUGCCUGCCUCUUAUCAGCCUGCCUUCCAUCAAGAACUCUGUGCUUAGGUGGACUGUAGAGGGGGAAACAAAGGAGAGCAAAUUAUAAUUUUUAUUGUUUAGCAUCUGCAGUCAGUUUGUUGUAGCAACUAACAUUGCAGUCCUAUUUGCUCCUGAUCUGAAUUUUACCUGUUUUUUGUGCAGUUAAAAUGGAGAAAAUGGCAGGAUGUUUCAUUGUUAACAAACAUGCCAUAUCUCAACUUUGAACUAUCCUAAUUUAUUCAAAAUUAAGUGCUCCUUGAAUAUAUCACAGAAAAUCUACAUAUGAAAAAUUUAUUUUUAGUUUAUUUAUUUAUUUAUAAAAUAUUUAUAUACUGCUGUAUCAUAAAAAUGUAUCACAGCUGUUGGCAACAAUAUAAACACAUAAAACCAGACGAUCAUAUAAAGUUAAAAACAAGAGCAAAAAGAAACAAACCUCAAUAGUCCAUUGUGGGGUGUACUCUUAAUUGCCUGCAUAGACCUGGUGGAAUAGAAUUUUUUUUAGCAAGGGUUUAAAAGCUGGCACAGAAGGUGCCUGCUGAAUAUCUAUUGGCAGGGUGUUCCACAGGACCGGGCCAAUGAUACUAAAGGUUCAAUUUCUCAUUGUUGUCAAAUUAGCCUCACCAACUCAGGGAACAACCAAAAAUGCUCCUGCAGAUGAUCUUAGUGAUUGAGCUGGAGUAUAAGGGUUCAGGCGAUCCCUGAGGUAUCCUGGAUCCAAGUUGUUCAGGGCUUUGUAAAUCAAUAGAAGAACCUUCAACUUGGCUCGGUAGCAGAUGGGCAGCCAGCACAGCUGUUCUAACAAUGGUGUCACAUGUUCUUGACCAAAUGCUCCCAUCAGCAAUCUGGCUGCAGCAUUCUGUACCAGCUGGAGCUUUCAAACCAGACCCAAAGCAGACCCACACAGAGCACAUUACAGUAAUUUAGCCUUGAGGUUACCAAUGCAUGGACUACAGUGGACAGGUUAUCCCUGUCCAGGAACAGUAGUAGUUGACAAACCAGACAAAGGUGAAAGGCAUUCAUAGCCACAGAGGACACUUGGUAUCCAGGACUACCCCCAAACUACACAUUUGCUCCUUCAAAGGAAGUGCAGCCCCAUCCAUAACAUGUAACUUGCUAGUUUCCUGAACAUGGGAACCACCCAUCCGAAAAGCCUUUGUCUUCCCAGGAUUCAAACACAGUUUAUUGUCCCUCAUCCAGUCCACCAGUGCAAGCAGACAUUGGUCCAGAGCUUUCACAGGCUCUCUUGAUUCAGAUGUUAUGGAGAAGUAGAACUACAUGUCAUCGGCAUACUGGUGACACCUCACUCCAAAACUCCUAAUGACUGCACCCAGUGGCUUCCGAUGAUUAAUUGGUCUCUCCUGGGAAUGCUUCAGUUGUUGUGCAACCACCCUCUCCACCACCUUUGCCAAGAAAGGAGUGUUGGGUACCGGUUGGGCUUUUUGAGUAGUGGAUGCAGUGGGCACCACUCCAUCACACAAUGAUGCAUUUACCAUACCUAAUAAGCCAGGGUGGACAAGGAUCUAAUGAGCAGGUGGUCGGGUGCAUCACUGGCACUAUCUUGUCCACAUCCUCAAGCCUCAUCAACCGGAAAUGGUCCCACAACACCAAGCUCGAUGUUGCAUUGGACGCCUCGGUUUAUACUGUCUCAGUUGUUGUUUAGUCAUUUAGUCGUGUCUGACUCUUCGUGACCCCAUGGACCAGAGCACGCCAGGCACUCCUGUUUUCCACUGCCUCCCGCAGUUUGGUCAAACUCAUGUUCGUAGCUUCAAGAACACUGUCCAACCAUCUCGUCUUCUGUCGUCCCCUUCUCCUUGUGCCCUCAAUCUUUCCCAACAUCUGGGUCUGCUAGCGUCUCAGUAGCAGCAUCUAAAUCACAGCGGAGCCAAGCAACUUUAUCCUCAAAGUGUUUAGCCAUCCAGUUACAGUGAGUUCCCAUGUGUUCCAGAGGUCUGCCCCCCUGGUCAGGAGCAACCUCUGGACCACGUGGAACAGCUCCGCCAGACAGCUCCUCAAGAAUGCAGUGGAGGCAACAGAGUAGGAUCUUUUUGCUGCCCUCAUCACCACAUCGAAGGCCCAGUUGUGAGCCUGAACACAUGGUCAGGUGGCUCCAACUUCUGGUCCAUCCCUCUCCCAGCCUGGCAGCGCUUUGCAUCCCCUUUGGAGUUCCCCUCUUCCUUUGAGUUGAUCUUUCUGAGACCAACUACCAAGGACUUCAUAGUGGAACUGUGGUUCAAUAUGGAACUUCCCAGUUCUUCAGCUCAUACUGUGUCAGCUUUCAUGUGACUGCACGUGCAUCUACAGUGGUACCUCAGGUUAAGUACUUAAUUCGUUCCAGAGGUCCGUACUUAACCUGAAACUGUUCUUAACCUGAAGCACCACUUUAGUUAAUGGGGCCUCCUGCUGCUGCCGCACCACCAGAGCACGAUUUCUGUUCUCAUCCUGAAGCAAAGUUCUUAACCUGAAGCACUAUUUCUGGGUUAGUGGAGUCUGUAACCUGAAGCGUAUGUAACCUGGAGCGUAUGUAACCCGAGGUACCACUGUAUUAGGUUUAUAUGUGCUUUUCUUUUUUUUCUGGCAUAGGGAUCUGGUCAUCUACAAAAUGUGCAGUAUCUGAAGGGGCUCCAGUAGGACUAUAUUGUAGUUGGGGAGGUGGUAAAGGUUGUUGAGCAUAUUUUGCUCUUGGAGGAUGUUCUGUUACUGAACAUGAUCUUUAUACAUCCACAAAACAUAAAGCAGAUACAGGCCUGACACUAAAGCAUAAAUCAGAAAAAUAUUGCUGCCUGCACCUCAACUCCUUUGCCUUUGGGAAAGGGACAUGAUGUUCCCUGGCCAAAAUGAUUCACCAUCUUGAAUUGUACUACGCUCCUCUUCCCUGCAUAGUAAACACAUCCAGAAAGUGUUGAUUUGACUUGGAAAGACCUACAAGGCAAAACCUUUGGCAGCAGAAGAAAGGGCUUUGUCUGUAAAUUACCUAAUCAAGUAGAUAUUCUUUGUUUUCACAAAAUGUGGAGUUUUUAAAAAUAAGGAUGCUGAUCUUUCCAAAUUUGGAGGCCCUAGGAUUUUUGCAGGGAAAACAAAUAUUUGAUCUGUUGAGGUUUGGCACAGAAAGGCUCGCACUGUUAAUUAAUUGUAUUUAUUUUAUUUCACAUCUAUUUUGUCUAGACUUGACUAGACAUUUUACUAAAGAGUGUGUUCCGAUGCUAAUAUAAACUUUUCACAGCCCUGGUGAGAAAUGAACUCAAAAGAUCUCUAAGCAAAACUUAACUUAUAAAAUAUUUUGCUAUUUGGUAUCUUUUAAAGGAAAGUUAAACUGAACAUUUUCACUUAAACAUUUACGAACAAGAAUACUUAACACCAUGGUAAAAUUACACAAUUAAGUCAAGUGAAAAUCUAUAUUUGAUAUCAUUUUUAUAUAUUGAAUGUGGGAGGAUUAUCCAAUUGGUCAUAGUCCUAUUUUUCCAGUAAUCAAAGUUAUCAUAUUAAAAAAAAAUGGUUAUAGUUAAGGCAUACUUUGCAGACACCCCACAGCAGCCUUCCCUAAUCAGGAGCAUGACUGUGCUUGCUAGGACUGAUGGGAGUUGUAGUCCAAAAAUUUUGGAGGCCACCAGUUUGCAGAAGACAGCCUUCUUUGAACAGCUUCCUGUUGCAUAAAUUUGUGAAUUGAAGAGCCUGCAAAUGCGAGGGAGAUAAAUGGCAGGGCAUCUGCCUACAGUGUCUUCUGUUUUACAUUGGGGAGCACACACACCCUGCCCCCAUUUGGGGAAGUGAAACAAAGAGGGUAAAGCAUAAGCUCUUUAUAACCUGCAGGGGUAUAAAACAUGGCAGAAGAAAUAGGAAGGAAAUGGGUACAUUAUAGGGUUAUUCAAAGACUCCCCUUGACAUAUACAGCAGGCCACUUUGCAAAGUGUUACUGAAGCCACCUCCAAGUUUUAACAGAAAUCUUACAAAGGAAAAUGCUUAAAAAGGAAAAGGACAUGUAAUCUCCUGCUACCCCUCCCUCAGUUCCAUAGCCUUUAUUAAAUAGAGUAUUUGGUGUGUUGGUUUGGAAUUUUCUCUUCUAAAAGAUUAUCUUGUAGGAUUUAUUUUCUCUCCUACAACUCCCACCCUACAUCUUGAAAUUGCGGAUAUAAAUGAAUCUUUUUGGCUAAAGUAUGGGUUGUAUUUUAUUAUUAUCCCUUUGUUAUAUAGUGAUGUACUUUACUGUAAAGUUCAUUUAUAGAUUUAUUGUAGCUUUUUUAUUGUUGGAUUGUUUUCACAUUUGGUUGUCUUGAUGCUGUAUUUGUUCAUGUCCGAUGUGAACCCCUUUGAACUUCCUUCUGAAGGCAACAAAAGAGUUACAAAUAGGUGGCAUGAUCUCUGUCUUAGAGAAAUAAUAAAUACCUACGGUGUAGUUUUUCCUAAAAUCUCUCCUAUAGGAUAUCCACCACCUCUCCAUAUAUGUUUUCUCCAUCUAUUCAAUUUAAAUGUUAAUUGACUAGCAUAUCCUGUCUUCUGCCAGCUGAAUUUAAGGUCAAAAACAACACAGUUCUUCCCUGUUGUAACAACUUUAAUGAGGUGGUUGUUCUAAACUGGGCAUGGUAUGAAACCUUUUUUUAGAACUCGACUGUUCUUUGGUUUUUUAGGGUCUGGGACCUGGAAGGAAACUUGACCACUGACUUUGUUCUACGUUCUCCUGGAGUGAGUGUGGGCUGGCAUCCUGAAGAUGCCUUCAAGGUCAGUGUGGAACAGGCAAUUUUUCCUUUGUGAAGCACCUUUGAUUUACCGGUAGUUGGUCAUAGGUCACAAAACUGAAGCUUAUCUGAAUUCAAUCGUUUUUUGAACAAUCAAAAAUGCCAUCUCCAAAGCCAACAUGAGAUAACUCAUUCCUAUCCCCCAGCAACAUGAAAGUAUUCACAGACUUAUGAAUCAGCAUCUUUUAAGCACUGCAGCAGGCUGAGGUCUGUGUCAUGGCACAACAGAAUGAACUGAAUUGUCCUGGUACCUGAUCCUACAAAAGAAGUUCAAGCUCUACAGAUAGUUUAACCACCCAUGAGUUCUUCAAAAUAAUAUAUUUAAAGUAGGGCAGGGGUUCAUGAAGUGUAGACAAAAUUAGAGAUCAACCUGGCCUAUCUGUCCCCAAGUUCAGGACUGGGGAGAGGGGGCAGGUCUUCAUCCAGAGAUAUCUGGAUAGUACCAAGGCAUGGAGCAAGCCAAAGAUGUGACCUCUUGUUUUGGGGAAAGGUGGGUCCGUCAUUUACUUAAGUUUUACACCUUGGAAAUUGAGUCCCUAAAAGGGCAGUGUGAACAAGUUAGGCUUUGUAAAAUAUAAAUCCCUUAGCUGAUAUUGUAAUAUUUAUUACAGGGAUUCAGAUUUAAUUAGGUUUGGGAAGUAAAAAUUUAAGGUUUGCUGUUCAAAAGUUAUUGUAACUUCAUUUUACUUUUCUUUUAGUUAAUGGUUGCAGAGAAGAACGGAACAAUACGAUUCUAUGAUCUCGUCACCCACCAAGCUAUUUUGUCUCUCACAACUGAUCAAACACCACUGAUGUCAGCAAACUGGUGUUUAAAAAAUACUUUUAAAGUUGGAGCAGUUGCUGGAAAUGACUGGUUUAUCUGGGACAUUACUCGAUCUAGGUAUUUUUAUCAAUAGCUUUGCUCUUUUUUCUAUUUCUGUAACCUGUUCUUAAACUUUUACAUUCAUAUAAACAUAGGGGGUAACUAUGUCAAAGAUGAAUGAUCAAUUCCUUUUCUGGGGUUUUUAUAACUGUCCUGUAAACUGAAGUGUGGGUAUCACUUAGAAAUUGUUCUGUUUUCUUUUACAGUUAUCCUUUGGAUAAGAGACCUGUCCAUGCAGAUAGAGCUCGGUUAUUCAGGUAUUUUGUCCUAACCUGCAUCUGCUGAAGUGGGCUCUAUGAAUUUUUUUGUUAGCAUUGUUUGUUUUUGUCCUACAUGUAGUAUUUACUUUUCAGAAAUACUAUGCAGCUUCUCUUUUUGUAAGUAUACCAUGAAUUAAUUGUUAAUAUUUGCCCUGGUCUAUUAAGUCUCUUGAAGAAUAAGACUGUAACAAGAGAACGAGUAAGUAAAGGGAGAACUGCGACACAACUUAAAAAUAUUUUUAACAAAACCAUUGCCUUCUAAAUAAUCAUUUAAACAUUUUUUUUUUGGGGGGGGAGAGAAGAGUCUUUGAGGUAAUAGAUAAUAGUAAAAACCCUAAUUGAGAAGCAGCUUAUAGCAACCAGGUAAAAACGAGGUGGGGAGGGGGAGAAAAUUAUUUUUAAACAAGCAAUAUACUAUCGCUUUUUUCCAUAUAUAUCUGAUAGUGCUACAGAUCAAUUUGAUUUCUCACUUUGUGAGACAGAAAUACAUAUAAAGUAUUUGCUGCCUGCAUGAUUGGUUGUAGGUAACGUUUAUACUUAUAAAUGCAGAAAAAAAGAUAUUUGUGUAUACAUGUGUAAAUACAUAUAUACACAUUCUCUCUGACUGGGAAUCACCCAGUCAAAUUUAAACAUUCUCUUGAGUCUCAAGUGCUUAACUCUCAUUGAAAUCUAUUAGAUUCAAGGGUGCUAACUUUGACUGUAUUACAACCUGUGUAUUUAGUAUACUCUAUUUUAAUAUUUCUUUUAAGAACAUUUGUGGUUUGGGCUUCUGUAUAUAGGUGGUCCCGAGUCAAUGAAAACUUGUUUGCUACAACUGGAUAUCCAGGCAAAAUGACCAGCCAGCUUCUAGUCCAUCAUUUGGGACAUCCUCAGGUAAAGUUCAUGCAAAUAUAACAUGCAGAAUAGUAUUCUUACCUCCCCCCUCAUAACAAAAAUAUAAAAUGGGCUCUAAGAACUUAGCACGAUUGCAAGGCAGAUAAGACACAGUCCAGUGUGGAGGUUUUUGUUCUUUCGUCUUGUGUCUCAAAAUGAAUAUAAAUGGACUCAGUGUACUUUGAAACAACCUUAUCAGAACAUCUUGAGGAACACUGUCUGCAACUGUAGUGUCCAGAAUAAAGGGGAUGAAAAGCUCAUAGGCUGUGAUCCAAUGUGCUACUUUAGAUGUGAUCAAGGGUUUAGGCAAGCCCAAGGGAUUUUUUUACUUUCUCCUUUUAAACAGCAAACCCACCUGCCAUAUUGCAAACUGUUUUUGUUUUGUUUUUUUAAAUUGCCUCAUUUUCAAAAACAGUUUGCCAGAUUGCAUGGAGGCCUGCUGUUCAAGAAGCAGGCACAUCAGAACGAAAUCUGGAUUCCAUUGGCUUCACAGUGUAAUAGCUAGUUAGAAGUUUUGUGACACUGUGAUUGACUCUUUUUGAAAUGAUACCUCCACUCCUGAGGCUUCAUCUAAUUUCCAUUGUCUGUACAAGUUAAACUGGCUAUAAAACUGAACUUUAGAGAAGAAUGUCCAUUAAUAUACUGGAAAAAAACUUUUUUAAUUGCCUGAAUAUUUGCAGUCAAGCUCUCGACUUUCUGUCUCGGAAAGGAAUGCAAGGAUGAAGGGACUCAUGCACACAUAUGUAUUUUGCACAUCAUAUGUUACAUACACAUGGCUGAGCAUGCAUAAAGGCAGUUCCAAUGUCCUGUUUGCAGGACUUCAAGCAGGCAAAUUUUGAACCAGUUACUGAAAUCAAUGAGAUGAUAGCUUGUGAAGAGCAAAAUGUGUCCCAAGUUUAACUGAAUUUAAGGCAGGUAGUAUAGGUUCUUAUUUUAUUAUGUUUAAAUGUAUAUUAUUUAAAUUGAAUUGAAGAGUUUACAUCAUAUUCACCCAUCAAUGGCGCUAAAAGGCCAGCAGGUAAAAGGAGCAGAUUCCAGAUUAAAAAGCAAAACUUGAAACCUGGGGGUAUAAAAAAAAACUCUGCCUCCAGUACUGAAAAGACAACAAAGGGUGUGCCCAGGCAAGCCACUCCUUUGUUUUAAUUUUUUUAUCCAUGGUUUAUUAGGGUUUGCACAUUAUUACAUUAUUGGUUCAAGAUGCUUCAGAGAGCCACCUUGCACCUGGACAAGCCCAGCUUCUCUCCAAAGCAGCCUGCUUUAACCUGAGAUUCUCCUGAAUCUAAUAUACACCCUAACACAGACUAUAAAUUUGGAGAGCGAGUGGGUCUUGGUAGUUCUUGGGUAAGAACUUUGAAAUAGUUCCAUCUACGCUUGAGCUGGCACAACAGAUUUUUGUGAAGGGGUAGUAACAGGACCAGACUGAAGCAGUUGCUUCAGAUUGCAGGUACUAUAGAUGCAGUGCCAGACUUGUAGAAAGCUAUUGGGGGGGGGGGGCGGACACUCCCAAUUUAUUUAAAAGGGCUUGGGGCUGGAGACAUUUCCAGUGGCUUUUGGCUCUUAUAACCCUUUCUUUAAGUCAUUCUCUUCUGGCUUCUUGCUGCAAGUUUACAAGCAAGUUCCCCUGAGAUAUAUGAAAACAAUUUGGAAGGCGAAUGCAGGAGGUGAUUGCCGGGUCAUAGCAUUGCAGCUGAAGAGUUCUUUAGAAAUGAUUUUAAAAUUUAUGUCUUGUUGUGCUCUAGAUGUAAGAUAUCUAAUCUCCCUCUCUCUCUCUCUUUCCAGCCCAUUCUUAUCGGUUCUGCACCUGUAGGAUCUGGCUUAACAUGGCAUAGAACACUUCCAUUAUGUGCAGUGGGUGGAGAUCAUAAACUUUUUUUCUGGAUGACAGAAAUGUAACCAUUUAUAUAAAAUCUGGGAUUUUAACGUGAAGAUAUUAAAUUAAACAUAUUUUAUAUCGCUGUUUACUUGCCAAAUGAUAGAGAUAUACCAAAUGACUACAUACAAGGAACGAAGAAUCUUUGCUGUACUUUUUCUUUUCAAGGCUACAGAUGCAACCAGCUCCAUCAAAGCAGGGUUUUUUUGUUGGGGAGGGGAGUUUGUAAUAAAAUAUUAUUGUCUCUCUUGAGCAAGAUGUAUUGUUUCUUCACCUUGAAGACAGGCUAGCUAAAAUGUUAAAAUUAAAGUUAUGCAUUUGGUCUUGGUGGGGACCUUCCGUGCAAAUCUUGUAGAAAUACAGGGAAACAUUUUCUUGUUCAGUUCUCAUUUAUUCAGUAGGGUGCACAUGAGAAACAUUCCAGAUAUUAAGGUACUAUUAACUUGGCACAUAAUACGGUUAUAAUUCAGAUAUUUAUAUUCUCGCUAGAGAACCAGACCAGUAUACUAGAUAGGGUGC